CUCUUUAAAAAAAAAAAUGCACUACUGUGUGCUGAGCGCUUUUCUGAUCCUGCCUCUGGUCACGGUCGCGCUCAGUCUGUCUACCUGCAGCACGCUCGAUAUGGACCAGUUCAUGCGCAAGAGGAUCGAGGCGAUCCGCGGGCAGAUCCUGAGCAAGCUGAAGCUCACCAGUCCCCCAGAAGACUACCCUGAACCUGAGGAAGUCCCCCCGGAGGUGAUUUCAAUCUACAACAGCACCAGGGACUUGCUCCAGGAGAAGGCGAGCCGGAGGGCGGCCGCUUGCGAGCGCGAGAGGAGCGACGAGGAGUACUACGCCAAGGAGGUUUACAAAAUAGACAUGCCGCCCUUCUUCCCUUCCGAAACUGUCUGCUCAGUUGUUACAACACCCUCUGGCUCAGUGGGCAGCUUGUGCUCCAGACAGUCCCAGGUGCUCUGUGGGUACCUUGAUGCCAUCCCGCCCACUUUCUACAGACCAUACUUCAGAAUUGUCCGAUUUGAUGUCUCAGCGAUGGAAAAGAAUGCUUCCAAUUUGGUCAAGGCAGAGUUCAGAGUCUUUCGUUUGCAGAACCCGAAAGCCAGAGUGCCUGAACAACGGAUAGAACUGUACCAGAUUCUCAAAUCCAAAGAUUUAACGUCUCCAACCCAGCGCUACAUCGACAGCAAAGUCGUGAAAACAAGAGCUGAAGGAGAAUGGCUCUCCUUUGAUGUGACUGAUGCUGUUCAUGAAUGGCUUCAUCAUAAAGACAGAAACUUGGGAUUUAAAAUAAGUUUACACUGUCCGUGCUGUACCUUUGUACCAUCUAAUAAUUACAUCAUCCCAAAUAAAAGCGAAGAACUAGAAGCAAGAUUUGCAGGUAUUGAUGGCACCUCCACAUAUACCAGUGGUGAUCAGAAAACUAUAAAGUCCACUAGGAAAAAAAACAGUGGGAAGACCCCACAUCUCCUGCUAAUGUUAUUGCCCUCCUACAGACUUGAGUCACAACAGUCCAACCGGCGGAAGAAGCGUGCUUUGGAUGCGGCCUAUUGCUUUAGAAAUGUGCAGGAUAAUUGCUGCCUACGCCCACUUUACAUUGAUUUCAAGAGGGAUCUUGGGUGGAAAUGGAUACAUGAACCUAAAGGGUACAAUGCCAACUUCUGUGCUGGUGCGUGCCCAUAUUUAUGGAGCUCAGACACUCAGCACAGUAAGGUCCUCAGCUUAUAUAAUACCAUAAAUCCAGAAGCAUCUGCUUCUCCUUGCUGCGUGUCCCAGGAUUUGGAACCGCUAACCAUUCUCUACUACAUCGGCAAAACCCCCAAGAUUGAACAGCUCUCUAAUAUGAUCGUAAAGUCUUGCAAAUGCAGUUAAAAUUCUUGGGAAAUUGGCAAGAUGAUAAUCACAAUGACGACGAUGAUGACGACGACAACAAAGAUGAUGACAAUAACGAUGUUUGUAACAAGAAAACAUUAAGAGAGCCUUGGUUCAUCAGUGUUAAAAAUUUUUUGAGAAUGCGGUACUAGUUCAAACACUUUGGAAUUUUGUGUUUUGUUUGUUAAAACUGGCAUCUGAAACAAAAAAGUUGAAGGCCUUAUUCUACAUUUCACCUACUCUGUGAGAGAGACAAGAAGCAAAACCUUUUGUGGUUUUUAUUUUUUUUUUUAAGAAAAAAUAAACACUGGAAGAAUUUGUUAGUGUUAAUUAUGUGAAAGAAAAAAAAAAAAAAACAGGAAAAUCCCGUUAAGUGGAGUUGCUGUACGUACCGUUCCUGUCCCGUGCCCCACUUGAUUUUCCUGUAUUGCUAUGCAAUAGGCACCCUUCCCAUUCUCACUCUUAGAGUUAGCAGUGAGUUAUUUAUUGUGUGUUACUAUAUAAUGAAUAUUUCAUUGCCCUUGGAAAAUAAAACAGGUGUAUAAAGUGGAGACCAAAUACUUUGCCAGAAACUCAUGGAUGGCUUAAGGAACUUGAACUCAAACGAGCCAGAAAAAAAAGAGGUCAUGUUAAUGGGAUGAAAACCCAAGUGAGUUAUUAUAUGAUCAAGCAAGUCUGCAUUAAGAUAAAGGCCCCGAAAACACAUGCUAUGUACCAACUGCCUAAGGAAGCUUCUUGUAAGAGUCAAAAACUGAAAAGCCUGUUAAUAAAAGAAACUUUCAGUCAGAAUAA